AUGUCAGCUGAAGAAAGUAAUCUUCAGCAUAGUUGGUAUUCUCCGAAUAAUUAUGGUUAUUCUACAGGCUCAACACCUACACCAGAUAAUAUCAAUACUAGUAUCGAUACUCCUAGUGCUCCAAAUGAUAUCAACACUAGUAUCGAUACUCCUAGUGCUCCAAAUGAUAGCAACACUAGUAUCGAUACUCCUAGUGCUCCAAAUGAUAUCAACACUAGUAUUAAUAUUCCUAGUGCUCUAGAUAUUAUCAACACUAGUAUAAAUAAUCCUAGCGCUUUACAAAUUCAAACAACCCAGGAUAUUGAAACAUCUGCAGCAGAGCCAACAGGACCCAAUGAAAAUGCGGACAACUUUGAGACAGAUUAUGAUUUUUAA